UGCCCUGACAGGGUUUUAUUCCAGCCAUGGAGAGUCAGAGAGUCCUGUCGUCUUACAGGAAGCGUUUCGGGCCCCAGGGGGCCGGCAGCGUGGGUGGGGGCGUGCGGCUCAGCAGUCUCUCCUCCAGCCGCUUCUCCCUCCAUGGGACCCCCCGCCACCUGACCCACUCCAGCACCAUUUCCCGUCUCUCCCUGGGGUCGGCUGGAGGGGCCCUGCUCCUGGGGACCCCUGGGAACCGGCUGGACUUCUCGGCUGACUCACUCCUCAAUGCCCAGUACCGUGAGACGCGCACCAACGAGAAGGUGGAGAUGAUGGGUCUGAACGACCGCUUCGCCAGCUUUAUAGAGAAGGUGCGCUUCCUGGAGCAGCAGAACACGAUGCUGGUGACGGAGCUGACCCAACUAAGGGGGAAGGAGCCCAGCCGUCUGGGGGACAUCUUCCAGGAGGAGCUGAGGGAGCUGCGCAGGCAGGUGGACGGACUCAGCGCUGGGAAGGCCCGGCUGGAGAUAGAGAGGGACAACAUGGCUGCUGACGUGGCCACACUCAAACAGAGACUGCAAGAUGAGAUGGUUCUUAGACAGGAUGCAGAGAGCAACUUGAACGCCUUUAGACAGGAUGUGGAUGAGGCAUCUCUGAACCGUGUCCAGUUGGAGAGGAGGAUAGACGCGCUGCAGGAUGAGAUUGCCUUCCUCAAGAAGAUCCACGAGGAGGAGCUGCGUGAGCUGCAGGAGCAGCUGAUGGCCCAGCAGGUCCAUGUGGAUGUGGACGUGUCCAAGCCAGACCUGACCGCUGCUCUGAGGGACAUCCGGGUCCAGUAUGAGUCCGUGGCCUCCUCGAACAUUCAGGAGACGGAGGAGUGGUACCGCUCCAAGUUUGCCGACUUGACCGACGCAGCUACUCGGAAUGCAGAUGCCUUGCGAUUGGCCAAACAGGAGGGCAACGAGUACCGCCGGCAACUCCAGGCCAUGACCUGUGAUGUGGAGGCGCUCCGUGGAACAAACGAGUCUCUGGAGCAGCAGCUGCGUGAGAUGGAGGACCGUUUCUCCGUGGAGACGGCUGGUUACCAGGAUACAGUGGGUCAUCUGGAGGAGGAGAUCCAGACUCUGAAGGAGGGGAUGGCCAGACACCUGCAGGAGUACCAGGACCUGCUCAACGUCAAACUGGCCCUGGACAUAGAGAUCGCUACCUACAGGAAGCUGCUGGAGGGAGAGGAGAGCAGGAUCACUGUUCCAAUGCAGAGCUUCUCCAACCUGCAGUUCAGAGAGACCAGUAUGGACACUAAGUUCUCUCCAGAGGCCCAUGUCAAGAGGAGCAUCAUAGUGCGGACUGUGGAGACUAGAGACGGGGAGAUCAUUAAGGAGUCUACGGCUGAGAGGAAGGAGAUUCCUGACAGUCCUUAAAGGACACAAAUGGUGCUAGCUAUAUGUCUGUCAUACUGUCCCCACUCCCCAGUAACACUUAGAGGCCUUGCAUGAUAAUGAUACCCUUUCCUGACCAGGCACCUCCCUCUUCUCCAAACCUCAAAGUCUCCCCAGUUGCAACCACCUCAGCAUCCCCUUCCUCCCCUCUUCAUCAUCACCCCCAGACCAUGCUACAUCAUUAAAUACUUAGGAUUUGCAUUUUGUUGAAAAAAAAAAUCCCACAUUGCGUCCUUGUUAGCAUUUUUGCCAAAAAAGUAUUAUUUUUGUAUUGCUGUAACUGGAGAUAGGCUUUAGUGCUGGGAAGUGUGGCCAUGCACCUUAGAAGGAAGGGUCUUGGACUACUACCCUUCGUGAUUUAAUGCUUGGAAAUGUAUAUUUUGUUCAGCUCAUAAUAGUGACAGAUCAGAGUGGGAAAUGUUCUCAAUGUGUUUGGAUAGUAGCCAGAGAGGAGGCCUUGAAAUGUAGUGAUUUUGUUAUUCAGCGAGUGGCAGAGGGGUCCUGCUGAAGUUGUGUGGUUUGAGUGGAUGUGAGAAGUCAAGAGGAAAGUACAGUUGCUGGGGUUAGCAGUGGACAGGAUGGGUCUCAGACAAGGAAGAUGACGUGUGAAUGACAGUGCUUUUGGCAGAACUGUUGGUGAAAAGAAAGAAGCUGACGUAAUUCUCCUCGAGGGCCAAACACCAUAUCCAUUUCAUCCCUCCGUCAUACAAUGCCCCCCCCCCCUUCCCCCUCUGGAUGCAGUGUCUCUUGUUCCACUGUUUCAUUACAACAUCAUAUUUGAACACUAGAACAGCGCCUGUGAACAUCCACUUACGCACCAGGGGUGAGAGGGACAGGACGGAGGUGAUACAGGGAGUAUUGACGAGACCCUUACCUCUGAAAUCCCCUGUUCCUCCCCCAGCUCCAUCUCCGGAGUGUCAGUGAUUGUAGAGAGACACAAAAGAGGGUGUUGCUGAGAUAGCUUGGUGGUGGUGGAGCGGGUGGGGUUACAUGGUGUCUCCCUGAUGACAGCCCUCUCCAAGAAACCCUGGGGUGGUUGGAGGGUUGGAGGAGAG